AUGGUGCAGGCGCUCGGGAAGGCGAGCGGAUGGACGCUUCAGUCAGGGGUAUCUUCCCAGACAUCUACCAUUCAGCGUCACGGGAAGACGGAGCAGUGGGUUGCGGCCCUGCUUCUUCUCCAGGAGGCAUCUCGCGGGCAUGUGGCAGUGGACCUUGCCGCCUACAACGCAGCCAUCGUCGCAUGCGGGAGAGGCAAGCAGUGGCGACAGGUUUUGUCAUUGAUCUGUAACCACGCGCAGUGGAAAGCGUGUCCAAGCGUCGUGAGCUACAAUGCUGCCACCACCGCUCUCGGGAGAAACGGUGAAUGGCAGCAUGCCUUGCUGAUGCUUGGCGAGAUGCGGCAGUCGGCGCUCGAGCCCAACCUGAUCGUGUGCAGCGCGGCAAUCAGCGCGUGCGCGAAAGGUGGGCGGUGGGAGCGGGCGCUGUCGCUGCUGGGCGACCUGCAGCGCGCGCGGGUGGAGGCAGACGUGAGCUGCAACGCCGCGAUCAGCGCGUGCGGGAACAGCGGGCAGUGGCAGCAGUGCCUGCUGUUGCUCGAAGAGAUGCCGCAGGCGUCGCUGGAGCCCGACGUUGUCAGCCACAAUGCCGCGAUCAGCGGGUGCGAGAAGGGCGAGCAAUGGCCGCUCGCGCUCUCGUUGCUCCGUGAAUUGUGCAGGCGGCGGCUAGAGCCAAGCACGAUCAGCUACAGCGCAGCCAUCAGCGCGUGCGAGAAAGGCGGGCAGUGGCUUCAUGCAAUGUCGCUGCUCGCGGAAUUGGUGCAGGCGAAGCUUCAGCCGAACGUCGUCUGCGUCAGUGCUGCGAUCAGCGCGUGCGAGAAGGGCAAUCAGUGGCGGCAUGCUCUAUCGCUCCUCAGCGAGAUGCGGCAGGCGACGAUCGAGCCCAAUAUAAUCAGUUGCAGUGCCGCGAUUGGCGCGUGCGGAAAAGGCGGCCUCUGGCAGCGCGCGGUAUCGUUGCUCGGUGACCUGAGACAGUGGCGGUUAUCGCCAGACGUCCUCUGUUACACUGCUGUCAUCAGUUCGUGUGAGAAGGGCGGCGAGUGGCAGUGCGCAUUAUCAUAUCUUGGUGAGAUGCGGCAGGCAACGUUGAAGCCAAACGUCGUCACCUACAACGCCGCGAUUAGCGCGUGCGAAAAGGGUGACGAAUGGGAACAAGCACUGUGGUUGCUCAGGGAGCUGUGCUAUGCCAAGCUCGAUGCAGACGUCAUAAGCCAAAGUGCUGCCAUGAGUGCGUGCGGCAAAGGUGGGCAGUGGCAGCAUGCGCUAUCUUUGCUCGGUGAGCUAAAACAGUUUACCCUCCGGCCAAAUAUCAUCAGCUGCACUGCCGCCAUAAGGGCAUGCGCAACAGGCGCGCAGUGGCAGCGGGCACUGUCGUUGCUCAGAGGGUUAUCAGAUAUGGCGCUUCAAUCCGAGCUCUUUUGUUACAGUGCCGCAAUCACUUCUUGUGAGAAGGCUUGGCAGUGGCAGCAGGCGAUGUCUUUGCUCCGCGAAUCGUGGCAGGUGGGUCUUGGGCUUGACGCCGUCGGCUGCAGUGCUGCCAUAAGCGCGUGCGAGAAAGGCGGGCAGUGGCAGCAGGCCCUCUCACUGUUCGGUGAAAUGUGGCAGGCAAGGCUUGAGAUAAGCGAGAUUAGUUAUCAUGCCGCAAUGGUCGCAUGCCAGAAGGGCGGCAAGUGGGAGCAUGCCUUGUCAUUGUUCAUGAAGCAGCGGCAGGAAGGGUCUGAGCAGGGUUGCCCAAGCUACCUUGCCGCGAUUCGCGCCUGCAACAAAGCUGCUGGGAAGUGGCAGGAGGCGUUGUCCUUAUCUCACGAGAUGCUGCGGGCAACUUUAGAGUUGGGCAUUGUCAUGUACAAUGCUGCAAUCUAUGGCUGCCGUUGGGGUGGCCAGUGGCAGCAGGCGCUUUGGUUUCUCAGUGACUCUUGGCGGAGGGAGAUGGAGCUGAACGUCGUCAGCUCGGGUGCAGCAAUCAGCGCGUGUCACGCUGGGGGGGCUUGGCAGCAUGCCUGCUCACUACUUCGCGAGGUGCAGCGCAAGACGCUAGAGCUGGACGUCGGUUGUUACAUCAGUGCGAUCCAAGCGUGCGAGAAUAGUGCGCGGUGGCGGCAUGCACUCUUACUGCUCGGUGAGGUGUGGCACGCAGCGCUGGAGCUAGACAAGACCAGCUCGGCUAUCCUUCUCAGCUCUUGCGUCAGAGGCCUGGAGCACAAACGGGCACUGGUGAUGCUAAGAGAGCUGUCCACAACAUAUCCAUGGCCUGCGCAGCGCUGCCAUACAGUAGCGGCGGGCAACGUCGUUGUGCAGCCGGUAUUGUCGAGCAGCUCUAAAACCUGA